AUGGCUCCGCGCUUUGACUCGCCCCCCUCAACACCAGACUCCUUCUCGCAACCGCGGCCACGGCCACCGCGGUCGCCCGGUCACUCCGCUCAAAUCAGGAUACAAAACCGGAGGAGAGCGUACCUCGAGAGACACGAGAGCUAUUUCCAAUCAAUGGAGCAUGAGCUCUCAGACCCCCUUCUCUAUGACUUUUUGAUCCGCCGGUUCCAGACCCCUGCCGAGCGUGAGGCCGAGGGCCGCGCGAAGGGGUACGCGCGCGUGCUGGAGGGCUCGCUGCUCCGGGGCGAGGAGCGGCUCGCGAAGCUGAGGGAGCAGACGCUGGUGCCGCCGCCCAGGACGCGCGAGGAAGGGCGGGCGCAGUGGGAGGAGUACCUGCGGGAUCGGUUCAUCCGGGGCGAGGACGACGACUUCGACUACUCCCUGGUGGACGACAACGAGGAGUAUGAUGUUUUUGAGAGGGUCGAUAGGGAGGAGGCGUGGUUCGAAGACGAAGAACCACAGUGGGCUACGAGUGACGAGGAAGGGGGAGGGGGGAAGGAGAAGAUAUUACAGGGUGAGACUGGGAUUCAGGAUUUCUAA